AAGGAAAGAAAAAGAGCAGUACUCUUUCUCCAUUAGACAGGAAAUUCCAUUUUAGGAAUAAACAUAGUUGCUUUGAUGUGCUAAUACCUUUUCAUCUGCUCCACUCUUCUGUGGCAAAAGGCAAAGCAAUGAGCAAACCGGACAUGGAUGGACUGAGGAGGGAAGCUGAAAAUGAUUCUUGGCUUUUCAACCCUUCUUCCAGCUCCGCACCUUUCGACCCAUUCUUACAACCCUUGGACAUCAUCGAACCCUGGAAUUUCCACCUGAUUUCUGCCUUGAUGUUUGUAGUGACUUUGCUUUCUUUGUCAGAAAACUUCACUGUCAUCCUUGUGACUAUCAAAUUCAAACAGCUGAGGCAGCCUCUCAACUAUGUCAUAGUGAACCUCUCUGUGGCUGAUUUUCUCGUGUCUUUGAUUGGAGGCACAAUUAGUUUUUCGACAAAUCUGAAGGGUUAUUUUUACAUGGGUCACUGGGCAUGUGUCUUGGAAGGAUUCGCAGUCACUUUCUUUGGAAUAGUUGCCCUCUGGUCACUUGCCCUACUUGCAUUUGAGCGCUAUGUUGUGAUUUGCCGCCCCUUGGGAAACAUGCGUCUCAAAGGAAAGCAUGCUGCACUGGGAAUAGCCUUUGUGUGGAUUUUCUCCUUUAUCUGGACCGUCCCUCCUAUCAUGGGUUGGAGCAGCUAUACCACCAGCAAAAUUGGGACAACCUGUGAACCCAACUGGUAUUCUGGAGACUACAAUGAUCACACUUUCAUAAUUACAUUCUUCACGACCUGUUUCAUACUACCCUUAUUGGUGAUUUUGGUAUCCUAUGGAAAAUUGAUGCGGAAACUUAGAAAGGUUUCAGAUACCCAAGGCAGAUUAGGUACUACAAGGAAGCCUGAAAGACAAGUUACUAGAAUGGUUGUCAUUAUGAUCCUUGCAUUUUUAAUCUGCUGGUCUCCAUAUGCAGCCUUUUCAAUUUUGGUCACUACCUGCCCUUCGAUUGAACUGGAUCCACGUCUUGCUGCAAUCCCAGCUUUCUUUUCAAAAACAGCUACUGUUUAUAACCCAGUUAUCUAUGUCUUUAUGAAUAAUCAGUUCCGGAAGUGUCUGGUCCAGUUGUUCCGAUGCAGCGACCAAGAGAUUGUAGAUGCCAAUGUGAAUCCAAUUUCAGAGAAGGACACACUAGCCCACACCAAACACUGUGGAGAGAUGUCCACAGUAGCUGCCCAUGUCAUUGUCUUCAAUCCGAGAAGCGAAGAUCAACAUGGCAGCUGUCAGACCUUUGCUCAGCUGGCAAUUUCCGAGAAUAAAGUCUAUCCAGUGUGAAUGCAUCCUUGAAGACGAUGAGUCAGAAGAACAUUAAUAUUCUGAUUUUACCAUUCUUUUGCACAAAAUGGCAAUUAACAAGAAUGCCAAGACUCAAAGCAAAAAGCAUCAUGCUCGCUGGUGUUAUCACAUGCUUUAUCCAAAUUUAUCUGGUGUUUUU